AUGUCUGGUUUCAAAGCCCAGGGCAGGGCUGGCUUCACCUUCCCCUUCGACGGAAACCGGAGUCACGGGUACGUGACUACUAUACUGGAAGAUGCAAAAAUUUACUCCAGCCAUGCAAAGAAAUCCAGCGUCGAUGCAGAUGACGUGAGGUUGGCGAUCCAGUGCCGAACAGACCAGUCCUUUACAUCUCCACCUCCAAGAGAUUUUUUGUUAGAUAUUGCGAGGCAGAAAAAUCAGACGCCGUUGCCGUUGAUAAAGCCUUACUCUGGACCGAGGCUCCCGCCCGACAGGUACUGCCUGACAGCUCCCAACUACAGGCUGAAGUCCUUGCAGAAGAAGGUCUCUUCCUCUGCAGGAAGAAUAACAGUCCCUCGCCUGAGCGUUGGUGCUGUGAGCAGCAGGCCCAGCACUCCUACUCUAGGUACACCUUCAGCACAAACAGUAUCCGUCUCAACAAAAGUCGGCACCCCGGUGUCGCUGACCGGUCAGAGGUUCACCGUUCAGAUCCCGUCUUCUCAGGCAGCCGUCAAGUCAGCCACGCCAACUACUCCGACAGUUCAGAAUGUCCUGAUUAAUCCUUCGUUAAUUGGACCGAAGAACAUUCUUAUUACUACAAAUAUGGUAUCAUCGCAGAAUACAUCUAGUGAAUCAAACCCCUUGAAAAGGAAGCACGAAGAUGAUGACGACUAUGAUAACUUGUGA